AUGGCCCCCCUGACUUUGGAUAGUCUUCCAAUGGAACUGAUUGAGACUGUUAUCAAUUUUCUGGACUUUCAAGACCUCUGUGCCCUUCGUUUAACUGCACAUGGUAUUUCGGCCAAAUCAUCCAAUGGUCGAUUCCGUCAGAAUUUGAAAUCCAAGAGAUUACACAUCGCACAGGCCCCCUUGGAAGAUUUCGCUCACUUUACUCAACCAGGCCAGGUUGGGUGUGCGCUCCAACAUCUUACUUUAUCCGACUUUGGGGUGGCAAAUGCGUCUGACAAGUGCCUUGAGGCAGCUAAGCUGCUAGUGCAAGGAAUGGAGAACCUGCGCCAAAAUACUUCACAUGGUGGCUUAGUAUCUCUGUCUCUUUCCCUUCACGAGCCAAUAGAUUCAGAGCUGGAAGAGGCAGAGCAUGCCACGGCAAAGUUGUUUGACCUUGUUAUGCUGGCACUCAGCAACAGCAAAUUGUCUGUGCAGAUCGUGGACAUUUUUGCUAAAUGUUUCCCCAUUCGCUGUGCCCUAGCCUGCGGUGAAAUAAUGGCAGUUAUGGAGAAAGCAGACCUGUCUUCCACAUUCAGAGAGUGUAAAGAGCUAUGUUUAAGCUUGUCACACUGGUUACGCGAUCUCGAUGAGCACUACGAGUCUCCGCUAUCCUUUGAUCAAGCUAGGGAUCAUACCCGAUGUAUCUGUGAUUUUGUGAAUAUGUUCCCAGUGCUAGAGGAACUUCACUUGGCGUGGGUAUAUUACGAUCUCGCCUACACGGAUGCCAUACAGGAAGAAGAGCAUUUCUUUAAUCGAAUCGCAAAUUCCUGUCCAUUCCCAUUGCUCAAGAAGUGUACCUUUCAUAACAUUCGCACGACCGAGGCAGCCCUGCUUCAAUUUCUCAAAAACGUUCAAUUGGCCAGUCUAUCGAUGGAAAAUGUGUAUCUGGUCAGUGGAAGGGAUCCCGACUGUGCCGGAAGCUUUGAUGCCUCGUCUUGUGAGCCCAUAUGUAGUCCAUCUAGCUUUCACUGUUCAAAGGGCUUGAGGUCACGCAGUUACCAGGACUGGUUCCACAAUGCAACCGAUGGCAAUAAUACAGAAUCCGAUUCCGGACCAAAACUAUUUCUCGGGAAACGGGCUUUCAAGACUCUUACACUCGCCGAUGUUAGGAAAUACGUCGCAAAUAGCUAUGAACAACCAGAUCCCUAUUUUGGGCAGCCUCUUGAGAUUAUUGAAUUUGAUGACGACGGGGAGUCAACAGAUGCCUCCGGUACACAGCAAGUGAUAUUUGGAAGCGAGCCAUUUCAGAUUGGCACGGACAGCUUAACAGGCUGUACUAUAGUAACCGUCGUCUCGAAGCGAGCGGUUUAUAUGGGACAUUACUGGGAGAACCCAAGCUGGGGUAAUGCGCCUAAAUUUACGAGAAAUGUCCUGAACUUUAUCGCUGGGCGUACGCCGCGAUCGGGAGUCGGUCCAACCUUAGACCCAGCGCUUUUCAAUGCUCAGGAUGAUGAUACACGUAUAUACCUCAUGCAUCCACGCUUGGGACAAAAGGAGCAUACAUCGCCGUAUAAAUCGCCUAGGUACUGGAAAAAGUUCGAAGAGUUGAAGAAUCUGCUCAAUACAGAGCUUCUGCCCGGCGCGGCCACGGCCUCAUGGUUCUACAUUACAGCUGAAACGUCGCGCGAAGUUCCCGCAUACAGGCGGCACGCUAUAUUCCAAUAUGACCCGGUUGCUCAUGGGCGUAAUAAGAAAGGCUGGAGGCUCUUUUAUGAAGAUCAUUACUUUGAUGAUACAAAUCCACCCCCAGGUCCUGAAUCUGCUGAUGGCAUCCCUGACCUAUGA